GUCUCGACUCGAAGAAUCUCUCGUCAUCUUCUAACCGGAUGGAUGCAACGAGAUCUUAAACGGGGAGUUCUGUUCCGUUCUUUUCCGUCGAGGACCGGUUUUUUCUACUCCGCAUAUUUCUGGAGCCACUGCAAGGCAUUUGCGAUCGAUAAUUCAGACUGAUUUGAAUCUGGACAAUUUAGCUUCCGUUUCGCCCCAAUUUUCAAUCCGCGAUUUCUAGAAUGAGGGCCUUAUGUUGCAAGUUAAUGUAGGAAGGAUAGAGAUUCAAUUUUGAAGAAAAUAGUGUUCGAACUCGGUAGUUGGAAGAGAAACAUCCAUAGUCGUCUUCCGAGAUCUGUUCUUGGCUUAGUGCAGUGUUGCUUGGGAAUUUGAUUCUUCUGUGAGAGUUUGCUAGGGUGAGGAAUGGGUCCGGAUUCGAGGAAUAGGAUUGUGAAUGCCUUCCGUGCUACGAAAGCUCUUGGGAUCUCUGAAGAAAAAGUGAAGCCUGUAUUGAAACGUCUUCUGAAGAUUUAUAACAAAAACUGGGAUCUCAUCGAAGAGGAGAAUUACAGAUCCCUUCUUGAUGCAAUUUUUGAAUAUGAGGAAGCCGAGGCAGCAAAGCGCGGGAAAUCUUCUCUCAGUGUUGUACAUGAGGGUAAUUUAGAGGAAGAAGAGGUUUUGAAUGAGGAGCCCGAAAGACCCUUGAAACGAUCUCGUUUGAGACAGCAAGAUGGUCAACCGCCAACACCCAGUAAUGUUGGGACUUCGCAGACACGGCAUGAUGGUGUUGGUGGGGAUGAACUUCUUGGACUGCCGCAGUCAUCUAAUGGGCAGAUUGAUUCUAGAAACAAGGGGAAACAGCCUGUUUCUACCACCCCACAGCCAUCUAAUGGUCAUCGUGUAUUGAUGAAGCCCAUCGAGAACGUGCAGAAAGAAACUCCGGUUUCAGGCACCAAUGCAGUUGGUGCAGGAGCGUCUGGUUCCAACAUCGUGACGAAAAGCGCCGGUGACGAAGCGUAUGGCAGCAGCCUGGAGAUCGCUUCGCUGACUGGCGCAGAUGGGAAAGUGGUUCUGAACAUCCACACGGCUUUCGGAAUACCCAACUUCCAGAUGCCCAGCCUGGGGGCAGUGAUGAAGGCCAUGGACGAGAAAUGCAGAGAAAGGUACAAAGAUGCGGACGCCCAAUUCUCAGUGAUGAAGGUGAUGGAGGACGUCUGCCGCUGCUUCUUGGAGCCACGCCGUGCCGAUGAAUCCUCAGUCGCUUCCGAAGCUGGAGGAGAAUAAAAAAAAGGUUGGUAUUAACUAACUGAUUAAAAAACAAUUUGAUCAUAUGAUUUUUUUUUGUUUUAAAUUAGACUGUGGUGCUGAAGUAUAUUGGCUAAAAUAUACUUGUAACAAUUUGGUCUUUGAUGUUGUACUGUAUCUUUGUAACCUGUUCCAUUUUUUUUUACUCAGUUGUACUGUAUUAUUCACUUUAGACUAUUUUCAAGUCUCUAAUAAAAAGGGAUGCCAUUG